GAGAGACGCCGAACAGGUGGCCACAGGCAGUUGCGGGCGCGCCAGGAAGGCAGCCGACAAGCAGCGAGCAGGCGUGCGUAGCGCUGUCGGAGCCCUCCCCCUCCCGGUCCGCAGCAUGUGAACCCGUCGGCCAGUCCUCCGGAAUAGCGGCACGAUUCUGCCUACUUGGUUGCCGCAGGGUGAGGCGCCCGCCCUCGGGCCGGGCUCCCGCUUGGCGCUGCUGGCCCAGUAAGAAGAACGUUCCCCCCAAAGAUCAGUCUCCCGUGGCCGGCCAAACCAGACUCGGGUGGAGACAGUCGUUCAGUCGCUUCUCUUGGAGGGCCGUGUCUGGAGGAAAGCUCCGAAGAAAGAAGAUGAAAGUCACCGUUUGCUUCGGCAGGACCCGGGUGGUCGUGCCCUGCGGGGAAGGGAACAUGAAAGUUUUGAGUCUGAUUGAACAAGCCGUCACCAGGUACAGGAAGGCAAUCGCCAAGGAUCCAAACUAUUGGAUACAGGUGCAUCAUCUAGAACAUAGCGAUGGUGGAAUCCUAGACAGCGAUGACAUUGUUCGUGACGUGGCUGAUGACAAAGACAGACUUGUGGCUAUAUUUGAUGAGCAAGAUCCGAACCAUGGAGGAGAUGGUACCAGUGCCAGCUCCACAGGCACUCAGAGCCCUGAGAUUUUUGGUAGUGAACUGGGCACAACUAGUGCAUCUUUCGAAGCAGCAAGUGAAAUUGAAGUCACGCCUUCAGUUCUUCGCACAAAUAUGCCGCUUCAUGUACGGCGCAGCAGUGACCCAGCAUUAGUAGGCCUCUCCUUAUCAGUCAGCGAUACCAAUUUUACUUCAGAAGAGCCUUCACGAAAAAAUCCUACAAGAUGGUCCACAACAGCAGGCUUUCUGAAGCAGAAUCCUUCUGGUGGCCCAAGAAGUCACGAACGGAAGAAAGAUGAAAAUUACAGAAGUCUCCCUCGGGACACCAGUGCCUGGUCUUCUAACCAAUUUCAGAGGGAUAAUGCUCGUUCUUCACUAAGUGCCACUCAUCCCAUGGUAGAUAAAUGGCUGGAGAGACAAGAACAGGAUGAUGAUGGUACAGAAGAAGAGGAAAACAGAGUAGAACCAGUGGGUCAUGCAGAUGCAGGUUUGGAUAACAUCACCUAUUCGUUAGAUGAUAUGGUGAAGCUCGUUGAAGUUUCCAAUGAUGGUGGACCUUUGGGGAUCCAUGUAGUUCCUUUUAGUGCUCGAAGUGGAAGAACUUUAGGUCUAUUGGUGAAGAGACUGGAGAAAGGUGGUAAAGCAGAACAGGAAAAUCUCUUUCAUGAAAAUGACUGUAUUGUCAAAAUUAACGAUGGCGACCUUCGAAAUAGAAGAUUUGAGCAAGCACAACAUAUGUUUCGUCAAGCCAUGCGUACACCCAUCAUUUGGUUCCAUGUGGUUCCUGCUGCAAGAAAACAACAAUAUAUAAAGCUGUCCCAAAGCGAAAAGAAUGCUUACCAUUCCAGCCGUUUUAGUCCUGAUUCCCAGUAUCAAGACAGUAAGGGUAUCGACCACUCUGGACUUCACACUUUACAAAAAAUACCCCAAGCGAGCAACCAAGGUGAUGCGUUGGACUCUUACUCACAACUACCUCAUAAUGUGAAUUCAGGAAAACCACCUCUGGGUCUGUCAUCAACACCACAAAAAGUUCAUGCGACUUUGAACUCUGGCUAUAAUACCAAAAGGAUAGGGAAGCGUCUUAAAAUACAGUUAAGGAAAGGUACUGAAGGCCUAGGAUUUAGCAUCACUUCAAGAGAUGUUCCUAUUGGUGGCUCAGCUCCAAUUUAUGUGAAAAAUAUCCUUCCAAGAGGCGCAGCUAUUCAAGAUGGAAGAUUAAAGGCUGGAGACCGACUUAUUGAGGUAAACGGAGUGGAUUUAACAGGAAAAACCCAAGAAGAAGUUGUUUCUCUCCUGAGGAGCACUAAGAUGGGUGGAUCGGUUAGCCUUCUAAUUUUUCGUCAAGAAGAAUUCCAUCCUAGAGAAUUGAAUACUGAACAAAGCCAGUCACAAAUUUCAAAGGAAACGAAACCAGAAGAAGAGGAUAUUAUUCUCACCGCUGAUGGCACCAGAGAAUUUCUCACUUUUGAGGUUCCACUUAAUGAUUCUGGGUCAGCUGGACUUGGCGUCAGUGUGAAAGGUAACCGGUCAAAAGAGAAUCAUGCAGACCUUGGCAUCUUUGUGAAGUCCAUUAUUAAUGGCGGAGCAGCUUCUAAGGAUGGAAGACUCCGAGUGAAUGAUCAAUUAAUAGCAGUAAAUGGAGAAUCAUUAUUGGGAAAGACGAACCAAGAUGCCAUGGAAACUUUGCGUAGGUCCAUGUCCACAGAGGGAAAUAAGCGGGGAAUGAUUCAACUGAUUGUUGCAAGACGAGUAAGCAAAAGCAAUGAGUUGGAAUCACCUGGGAGUCCUCUGGGGCCGGAGCUGCCCAUUGAGACAGUAAUGGAUGAUCGGGAGCGUAGGAUUUCCCAUUCACUGUACAGUGGGGUUGAAGGGCUCAAUGAAUCACCCACCAGAAAUGCUGCCCUGAGUAGACUAAUGGGUAAAUACCAGCUUUCUCCAACAGUCAACAUGCCCCCGGAUGAUAUGGUAAUGAUAGAAGAUGAUAGACUACCUGUACUACCUCCAUAUCUUUCAGACCAAUCAUCUUCCAGUUCUCAUGAUGAUGUAGGCUUUGCAACAAUGGAUGCUGGCGCCUGGAGUAAACCAAUAGUGAAUGAAUCACCAGAAGGCGUAUUAAGUCCAGAUAUGGAUCCAGGAUUGGCUUUCCAGCGAGAAGGAUUUGGACGCCAAAGCAUGUCAGAAAAACGUGCUAAGCAGUUUUCAGAUGCCAGCCAAUUAGACAUCGUUAAAACACGGAAAUCUAAAAGCAUGGACUUAGUAGCUGACGAGACUAAGCUCAGUACAAUGGAUGGCCAGAGAACAGGUUCUCCAACAAGGGAUGUGGGCCCUUCAUUAGGCCUGAAGAAAUCCAGCUCUUUAGAAAGUUUGCAGACAGCAGUUGCUGAAGUGACACUGAAUAGUGACAUCCCCUUCCAUCGUCCACGACCACGAAUAAUCCGAGGACGAGGAUGCAAUGAAAGUUUCAGGGCAGCAAUAGAUAAAUCAUAUGAUAAACCUGUUGCUGAUGAAGAUGAUGAAGGCAUGGAAACCUUGGAAGAAGACACAGAAGAAAGUUCACGAUCCGGUAGAGAAUCUGUGUCCACAUCUAGUGACCAACCAUCCCAUUCUCUAGAAAGACAGAUGAAUGGCAGUCAGGAAAAAGGGGACCGGAAAAAAAUUGGGAAGGACAAGAAAAAGGAUCGAGAUAAAGAGAAGGAUAAAAUCAAAGCCAAGAAAGGAAUGCUCAAAGGUCUUGGGGACAUGUUCAGGUUUGGCAAACAUCGAAAAGAUGACAAGAUUGAAAAAAUAAAAAUGCAGGGAGCUGUUACUUCAGAAGAGGAGAGAAUACGUAUGAAACAAGAACAGGAAAGAAUACAAGCCAAGACCCGAGAGUUUCGUGAAAGACAAGCCCGAGAACGAGAUUAUGUUGAGAUCCAUGAUUUAAGCAGGAGUUAUACAUGUGAUUCUGAAUCAAUCUUUGCUGGAAUUUCUUCAUAUUCCUCCAUAAGUACCAGCACAAUUAGCAGUAGACCACAGAGCCCAGGGGAAGCAUCGUCAAUAGAAGCAUUAUAUGCCCAAGUGAAGAAAGGACGCAGUUCAAAGUCUUCACCUGUAGACAGAUCAGCUCCAAGCAAUCAUGACCGGAUACAACGAUUAAGGCAAGAAUUUCAACAAGCCAAGCAAGAUGAGGAUGUGGAAGAUAGGAGGCGUACUUACAGCUUUGAACAACCAUGGAGGCAUACACAGAAUCCAAUAGCAAGAGGAGUGAUGCAGAAGACCAGGGAUCCAAAUUCAAAGACCUAUUCACAGAGUGGCAGACAUUCUGUAUCAGUAGAAGUUCAAAUGCAGAAACAACGGCAAGAAGAGAGAGAGAGUUUCCAGCAGGCUCAGAGGCAAUACAGUUCAUUACCCAGACAAAGUCGGAAAAAUGCCAGCUCUGUAUCUCAAGAUUCUUGGGAACAGAACUAUCUUCCUGGUGAAGGUUUUCAAAGUGCCAAAGACAACCCUCGAUACUCCAGUUACCAAGGCUCUAGGAACGGCUACCUGGGGGGCCACGGCUUCAAUGCGCGAGUCUUGCUUGAAACACAGGAGCUCCUCCGUCAGGAACACCGGCGGAGAGAGCAGCAGCUGAAAAAAAAGACUUCUUCUGAAGGGCCCAACAACUAUGAGUCCCAUAAGAAAGCUCAGGACCCUAAUUAUGCCAUUCCCAAAGGUCCUUUCAGGCAUGAUGUACCACCUUCACCAUCUCAGGUUGCCAGGCUGAACCGACUGCAAACACCAGAAAAGGGAAAACCUUUUUAUUCUUUAGUUGAAGAAAAAGGUCAGCGGCCCAUGCAAUAAAGGAUUUUUUUUUUCAUAUGGAGAGACUUAACAUUAUGGAACUCCAUGUUUCAAAUGGAGGGGACUCUUAUUUUGUUUUUCAGUGCCUUUAGCAAGAUGGACAAUGAAUUGGAAGGCCUUAUAUAUACACAUAAUUUUUUUUUUGCCAUUAUUUUUCAAGUGUUAUAUCCACAAAACGAUUAUUCAUUAUUUGACAAUCAUAUUUGAGGCAAGUAAUGAGUCUUGGCUAUCAAGUAUCCUAGCCAAUCUUUAUUAUCAAUAACUGCCCACCAAGUUACACCAUUAGUGUUGUUCAAAGAGAUACAUACAGUUCUAGUAUAUAGCAUUGAUUGUUUUCUAAUUUAAAAUCCCAUUGCCAUAUUUUCUUUGUUUAUUUCCCUUAGCUUGAGGAAAGCAAGUACCUAUCAGUUAUAAGCAGUGAGCCAGAAAUCUAUUCUACUCCACUCCUUGUUGUUUCCUUUCUGUUCAUUAUUUAAAUAUCUGUUCACUAAAAUACUGUUUUUCUAUGACUUCAUUGGUCAUUCUCGAAUUGUGCACAAACUUUAUGCUCAUUCCUCAUUCAUUUAUCUCAGAGACCUUGUUGCAUUUGUCUCAUACCUUAACAUUAUAUACCUGAUAUUAUUAUGAGACAUUUUAUUUAUAAUUUACAUCAGCUAAUGGUGGGGAAGGGAGUGUGUUGUUUGUCUGUGGAAUGGUGAAUUUCUCCAGACUGGUUUAGCAAGUGUUUUAUUAUUAUUAUUAACUGUUCUCUUUAUGUACAAUUUCAGCCCCCACCCGAAUUAUAGAUAAACGAUUGCUCAGAUAUUCCAUACUUCCUAAUAAUUUAAUUUGUCAUUAUUAUAUACCUUUUGUUAGAAGGAAGAAAUGCAGGACAAAAUAAAAUGAAAAUCUAUUUUUUGAAUUAAAACUAGCUUUUGUAAACCUGUCAUUUUGACAGUUUGUAAAAACCUGUGGACAAUUUGUGCUAUGCUUCCAUGUUGCUAUAUUUUGCCUCUUUGAACAAUAUUUGGAAUUAACCAGUAAAAUAUAAUAAUAAGACAAAUGUGAGAAAAUUGAUAUAUCAUCAAUUGGUAUCAUCAUAAUAAUACAUUGGUGUUAAAAACAAUUGGAAAAAAAGAGCUGUGAGGAUAUAUUUUCAGUGCAUUUUGAGUAUACAGAAUUUUCUUUUGCAACAUCUAGUUUUGUGUUUGAGGAUCUGAACAUUCAUGUAUUGUUUUAUAAGUGCCUGAAGUGAAAAAGGCUUGAGAUUAAAAACUAGGCAUAUCAUACUUAAGUGAACAAAAAACAUAAACUGUGUGUUACUGUAUGAUUGUUAAUUUGCCUUUUUUAAAAAACAAAGAAACCUGGCCCAUAUUACUUUUGCUACAAAAAAUACUUUACUUUUGCUCUUUCAAGAAUAUAUGUGAAUGUUCAGUAAAUUCCAGCAGUGUCUCCUAUACCUGUUUGCUAAUUUUGUUUGUUAAUAUACUCAAGUGUUAAAGAUUUGUUACUAAUGUAAGCACAGUGACAUCUGACAAAAAUGGCUUUUUCACACAGCAUUGGGGGAAAUGGUGUAAAUACAGAAAUUUAGAAUAAAAACACUGUUUGUGUCUUCUU